AUGUUCAAGUUCUACACAGUUUACUCUAAAUGUACUUUCGGUAUACAUCCGUCGAGGAUUGAUCAAUGUUAUGGCUGUCGUGUCACAGAUCAAGAAAUACCCGAAAAUCAAGAUUGUAAAAUUUCUGGACAACAUGAAAGUGGAAUGUCAAACAAUGACGUAAUAAGCGUGCAUUUUGAAAAUUGUACAAUCACGAAAGUUCCACAAGGACUUAUUAAAAUCUUCCCAAAUUUGAGAAUUUUGGAUAUUUGGAAUUCAAAAUUAUCGAAAAUCUGUAAAAAUGAUUUAAUUGAUUAUGUAAAUUUGAAGAAAUUAAGAUGUGAAUUUAACAACUUGGAAUUCCUGACUGGCGAUUUGUUUGAAGGUUUUGAGAGAUUGGAAUUUAUUAGUUUUAAUAACAACAAGUUGAGCAUCAUUGAGCCAUGCAUUUUGGAUGGUCUUAAAAAUUUAAAGUAUGUUGAUUUUAGAGAUAAUCCAAAUUAUUCUCAAUUCUACUCAAUUUAUCCUGAAAAUCAUCCAAAUUCGACACUCGAUGGAGUCAAAAUUGAAAUUGCUGAAAAGUUCUUCAAAAAAUUCAAAUUUUUUCAAGAUUUAAAAACCUCCGAAGACAAUUUGAAGAAAGAAAAUCAGGAACUUAAGGAUUCAAAGUUGAAACUUGAAGCUGAAUUGGAACAAGAAAAGUUUAAAAAUUUCAAAUUAGUCAGCAGAUUUGAAACUGGAAUUAUUGAUGAUGUCAAAGCAUUCAUCGAAGAUGAAACCACAAAAGACUUCCAGAUCACAAUUGACAGCCAUGAAUUCCCAGUUCACAAAUUUCUGAUUGCCGCUAGAAGUCCAACUCUGGCUGAAAUACUAAAAAACAACCCUGAAGUUGAAAAUCUUAAUCUUGUCGACAUUUCCGUAGAAACUUUUGAGAUAAUUCAUAACUUUCUCUACACUGAUGAACUUCCAGGCGACGAUGGGACGAACUAUUUACAUCUUUUUGCAGCUGCUGGCAAGCUGAAGAUUGAGUAGCUGAAGAAUCAUGCAGCAAUGAUGCUAAUUGAUAAUAUUGAUGAAAAUAAUGCAUUGGAUAUCCUCAAGUUGAGCAAUAAAUAUGAACAUCUAGCAUUGAGGCAAGAGGCAUUUGAAGAAAUCAAGAAAAAAUAUACAAAAGUACAGUUCAAGGAUGAAUGGGCAGCUGACACUGUAAAAUUGGAAAAAGCAAUUGACAUAAUAAAGCAACGAGAGGAAGCCGACCGAAAAAUGAAGGAGGAAUUUGACA